CGCGUGAACCGCUGUCGCAGCACAACACUACUGCGCUCCUGAAACCCUAAUCUUUUAAACCCCCUCCCAACCAGCUCUACCGUUUUGCAAGCCUUACUCUUCAACUCCACUCAUAAACGAAAAUUCGAGCUUGCACACAUGGCUGCAACCCUAAUUGAUAGCCAAAAGCCCAUAAAAGAUGACAAAUUCAAUCAUGUCAUUGGCGAAAAUUACGAACUUGCAUUAAGCGAAUCGAUACAAACCCUUUUAGACUCAAAAAAUCGUGAUUCCUCAGCUUUUGCUUCUACUUUCUACGAAUUAAUGCAGGCUAGAGACAAUCCUCCGCUUGAGUCCAUCUGGUUCUAUUCAGCUUUAACGUAUCGCUGCAACCACAAGAAUUCGCCUGGUGGCGAGCCUUCUCGAGUCUCGGCCACAAAAGACUUGUUCCAGUUGAUUUCAAGCUGUUCGGCUUCGUCUACCUCUUCGAGGAGCAUUGGAUUGCUAGCUCCGGUUAUAUAUGAAGCGUACAGAGUUUUAGUUGAUUUGAAGAGCGGAGACUUGUCUUCUAAGAGAGAGAGCAAAAUUAUGAAAGAUAUUAAGUCCUUAGUUGAUGCAAUUCUAGGGUUUAUUUCUGUAUGCUGUUCUGCAAAUGAUGGUGGCUUGGUUUCCAAUUCGGAUGGUUUUUUCCAACCAUUGGAGGAUUUGAUUCGAAUUUGGAUUGGCGAGGCUUCAGAAGGAAAAGAAAACUUUGAAUUGUUUUUCCCGCUUUUGGGUGAUGACAUUGUUGGGAGGCUGAGUGAAGAAGGGACUUUUGUUGGUGAGCUGGCCGGAGCUGUGAUCACAGAGGCAUUUCUGUUGAAAUUGUGCUUGUAUUUCUGCUCGGGGGUUUCCAAACAGGAGUUGCAGAAAGAGCCGAGGGCUUGGGCAGUUAGUUCCAUCACUGGGUUUCGGAAUUUCUACUUCUUUGAGACCCUUGUGGGGAUGCUGCUGGAGCCCAAUUUACCAGUAACCUCGAUAUUGAGUUCUGAAGAUGAAGUUUCUCUGAGGAAUGUUCUCUACGACGCCAUUGUAUUAGUGGAAUAUUCUUUCUUCAAUUUUGAUGAAGUGUCUCAUCUACCUAAUAAACGUGUAAUACGUCUUGCCAUUGCAAGAGUGAUAGUUACACAUGAAGCCACAGAGUCAUUCAGGGUAAAAGGGGAUCAGACAAAAGCCAUCUCUUAUAUAAAUGCCUUUUCUGGUUCUCAAUUACCUGCACAACUAGUUAAGCUGGUCACAAGUGAGAUUGGAAUGGACAGCAAAGCCAGUCAACCUAAGGCAUGGUCACCCAAGGCAAUUUUAAAGUGGUUACUUAAUUUUGAGGAUCAAGGGUUCAGAGUACUGGAAGACAGCAUCAGAAAAUGCUACCCGAGGCUAACUCUUGAUAUUUCAGAAAGUGAACACGACAAACUAGCACAUGACAUGAAGGAAAAGAGAACGGACGAUGAUCUCCUCUUCUACGUUGAUAACAAGGGGGAAGGGGAAGACGGAAGUGAGGAUGACGAGAGGCAAAAAGAAUCUGCAAGUGCUGCUUUCUUGGCUGCUGCUCACAUAAUGGCAUCAGAAGAGAAUGGUGGGGGUAGAAAGAGGAAAGGAGGGAGGAGCAGUGAAAAGAAAAAAAAUGUGAAGUUUCAAAAGUACAACCUGCACUGUAAUUCGGGCUCAUUAGGAGGGGAUUCCACUUUUCUUGGAGAUGAUGGAUCCAGCAGUGGAAGCGAGGUUGAAAAUCCCAUCUCGGACGAAGAUACUGAAGAAAGGAGAAAUGAGGACCUUUGAAUAGAGGAGAGGGCAGCAGGGGCUCUUCAUCUCUUCUCUUCAAUGCCUUUACACAAGUUUUUGGAUUCAGAUUACAAAUCUGAAUAUGAAUCAAAUGGGCUACAGAAUAUACAUACAACCUUUGUCAUUAUGGCAUUAGAAGUAACAGUUGCUUCCGGAAACAUUUCCUGACGAUUUUCAAGUAAGAUUUAUCCUUUGUAAUGGGAUGACAAUGUUUCUAAUUCAAUUAUGAUGCUAAGCUUCCAAAAGUUCUUUGCUUGAAGGUUGUCAUCUAAAAACUAUUGUUUUGGGGGUGAUCAAAUCUUCUCAUUUAUUGAUGAUUGAGGAA